AUGAACGUGUUUCGGUCUUUAGCAGUCAUUUCGCGGAAGGUGUUUGUAGGCCAAUCAGUUUGGGGGUUUCAGGCAUGGUUGGAUAACCCAAUAUUUUACAUUGGUGUUGGAGACACCCAUCAUUUUGAGGCCAAUGCGACACAGGGGACAGAUGUGACCCUCACUUGGUCGUUUGCGACCGGAGAAGGGGGCACUGUGAAGAAUACCUACACGAAUCAGGAGUUCGCUUAUGGGGAUGUGUAUUACACAUUCGAGAAGUCAAUAACUGUGGAUGUUUGGAAUUCAUUGCGGAACCUUACUCUUGAAUUUGUAAACGGAAAUGGGGCGUACAUUACGAACACAACAGCUGAAUUUAAAUUUGCUGGAGUACCUGAAUUUGGAUUCAAAUACAGUAUAGAUUAUGGGGAUGGAUCGAUAGAUAGUUAUACCGCAGACGACAUAAUGUAUAGCUUCUACAACUUGUCGACGUUCACCCAUAUUUAUACAAAAGCGGAGAUUGUUGGUGGAAGUCGACGUUAUGUUUCCAGGGGAAUUGUGACUUUAGAUGCAUAUUCGGUGUCUUUUGAUCCCGUGUUUCCAUCCACAAAUACGCUGACAUUCACCUGGGACUGCCAAGGGUAUGACGUUGCCUCCUUUGACGAGGCGGGAGCUGAAACACGCGGCCAGACUUGUUCGACCUCAGAGGUUUCUCCCGGGGUUCUGACUGUUAACACAGCCGGGUCACAGGAGGACUUCUAUGUUGUCGUUGUGAUGAUCACUAGCGAUUGGUUCAAAAACCCUGCUCCCCGGAACACGGUAUUUGGUGUCUCUUACAAUGCGGCUAGUCAGGAAUUUGAGGCGGGAAUGCAGAAAUUUAAUAUGACGUGUAUCGACUGGAAGGACGAGGGUUGGACUGACUCCACCUUCUCCACGAAUCAACCGCUCUUAUAUUACUUCUACGUCCAAUACAGUCAUAACGACUAUGAGAGACAAAUACUUUAUUUUGAUCCUGGGGCAACGUCGAAUCUUGUCUCUUUCCAAGUCGGCGAUCCAAAACAAAACUAUGAAGCAACUGUUGUGAUGAGGAUAUCUGAUAUUUUUGGAGAUUACAUUGAACUUAAGUACAAUGUUACAUCAAAACCUACCCUGACAACACAAGAUGUGGCAGCGCUAAAUACAACGUCAGCACAACUUCAGCUGAUUAUGAACUUUGUGUCACAGUUUGAUGAUGAAAUGAUCAAGGCGAACAGAACAGCCGACUAUAGGACACUUUGUAGACGCGCAAUGGAUGUUACGUCCAUCUACAACAAAUUGGAACUGAACAUGUCAUCUGACAUAGUAGUGACGCCAGAAUAUCUGACGUCACUUGGGUACCAGACAACAGAGGAUGGCGAGCUGCUUACGUGGUCUGACUUCUGGGAGCUUAUUGUGGAUGUGGCUGAUACAACGAUCGCCGACUAUCUUAUGAAGGUCGGGGAUUCAUAUGCCGCCAUGAUUAAUUGGAGUAUCAUGACAUGGCCGUCCACUAAACGGAUGACCAUUGUUGCCAUAGAAACUGUUAGCAGAGCACUGAAUGCCACAUUAACAGAAAAAUACUUUUCCAACUUUACAGCAGUUGUGCAUUCUGCACAGGUUGCCAACAAACUGGCUGAAAAUUUAGCACGGCUAACACUCGAUCGUGUAUUUCCGAACACGAAUCAGCUUGACUCUGCUGCAACGGGUGUGGUAGAUCUAAUCAGGAACUGCCUGUAUAUUCUUCAAGCUUUACUUACUCCGAACCUGCCACAGGACCCUACUGUUGAAGAAAUGCGACACUUCCUGGAGGAUAUGAAGGUGUUUAAAUCAGCGGAUGUGGUGGGUGUAAAGUCUCUUAGUCUUCAGGAACAAACCUUCCUAGCCCAGAAACAGCUUCAGAAAUACUAUGUGCAGAAAUACAUAAAAUCACAAGCGACUAUUAUAUUCAAACACAACCCAUAUUUUUGGGGUCAGUUUGCGGAUAGGAUUACAUCCUAUGUUCCUGUUUUCCAAAUUGACGGCGCAGUUCUCGCCACUGAGAGAGUUGUAUACAGACUGGAAAAUAAAGAAGAGGCGCUUUGCAGAGACGCAAUACCUACAUACGAAAAGAAUGAUACAAACAAAAUGAUAUACAUCCUGUUUUCAAGACGACAUGCCGAAGAUGAUAUUCUGAUAUUUCUGAGACCCAACGCCAGUCAGUUGGUAUACAAGCUGUACUUCAAUAACGAAGUCAAACCAGAUUGGACAACCAAUAGGUACAUUUAUUCAACGGAAAUGAAACUCGACAAAUGGACAGCUGAAGAUGGGUACAAGCUUAUCAUCAAAUCCUCAGAAUUCUCGGCCACGGGCAAUAUCUGGAUUGGCUUGCAACCACUUCUUGGUACGGAUAUUAACGUUUCCGCCUCAAGCACAAGAACACAUACGGUGUGUGACUGUGAAAACACGAUGAAUACCGUUGGUGCCGAGCCCAUGACUGUUGGAACUACAUUCUAUGUCCCAGACAAUAAGAUUGAUUUCAAAGUCGAAGAGAAAACAACACCAUUGCCUAUUGGAAGAGGUCCUGUAAUCGGGUUUGUUGUAGCAGUCAUCAUAAUGUAUGUGCUGCUCAUAUUCUGGGCCUGGCGUGAAGACCAAAAGGAUAAGUAUAAGGGGUCAUAUUCACUUCUGAUUGAUAACGACGCUGCGGACGACAGUUUAUACAUCAUACGAGUGUACACAGGACUGCGGUCUGGAUCCGGCACAGAUUCGAAGAUAGGAUUCGUCUUGGUUGGUGAAAGCGGUGAAACGGGAAUCAGGAGAUUAGACGACGAGACUCACGUCGGAUUCGAAAAAGGAAGUGUACGAACGUUUGUCAUGAGCACCAGGAAAUACUUAGGUGACUUUAUAUGUCUACGAAUUUGGCAUGACGAUAGCGGCGGGAAGAACUCAAGCUGGUUCCUUCACAAAAUCGUCAUAUCUGAUCUAACAAACGGCACAAGAUGCACCUUUAUUUGCGACCAGUGGUUCGAUUACGACACAGGCGAUAGUAAAGUUGACCGUGUAUUAAUUGCCCAGCCUGCAAACCAGUUCUGGUCCUUCAUGGAGUUGUUUUCAUAUACGAUUGCCGAACAUCACAUUUGGCUGUCAGUUUUUUCCCGCCCAAUAAAAAACAACUUUACACGUGUACAGCGUCUGUCAUGUCUUCUUGGACUGGUUUUCCUUACUAUGUUUUUCACCACCAUUUUGUUGCAACCCCCAGAUGAAGACAUCUCUCAAAUAGUGAUCGGCCCGUUUCGGUUUGCCUUUGACAAUUUCCAGGUUGCGUUGGAAGCACUCCUUAUUUCAACCACGGUUUUAAUUAUCGUGACGUUUUUCUUUAAAAACGCCGAAUCAGAUGAAAGUGCACAGUUUCAAUCAACCCUCUUGAAUGCAUAUAGAAAAGCAAAUUCGAAGAUCCACUUUGACAAGUCUGUAAUUGGGCGCUUUUUUGUGCCUCCAGCGGAGGAAGCGUUGCAAUACAACUAUUACUUCUUGCCACAUUUCUGUGUCUAUGUAGGCUGGGCUAUACUAAUGAUGACGGUUUUGGUUGCGACGUACUUAAUGAACUCUUCUAGCGACUCGUGGGAAUUGAUACAAUCAGAGUAUUGGAUGUCCACCAUUUUUAUAUCAAUCUUCUGUUCCAUCAUGGUCACUGAAGUUGUUAAGGUCAUCUUCCUUGCUCUGCUGUUCCUGUUGUUGUGUGCACGUGCACACGAGGCCCCAGAUCCAUUUAUAAACAAGGACAGCCUUGAAGAAAUAACAAAACACAACUCAGCCAGCCUGACCAUUGGACCACGAUUUCAAAGUGUUUUGCCAUUACCUAAAAGUCCUGAUGAUGAUUCGUUGAUGAAGAACAAGCUCAAUCGGAUUCGUAACCACCAACUUAUGAAGAUAUUUACUCAACUGACAGUGUACUUCAGUCUUCUGUAUAUGGUAUACACGAUCAGCUACGAAAGCAGAGACCCGAGAUCAUUUAUAAUGAAAAAUCAUUUGGUUUCAACGUUCAAGUAUUCUGACAGUGUAAAGGACAUGAAAUCCUACACGGAAUGGCUGAAUGAUACAUUCCUUGAAAAUUACUUCUCAAAGAGUUUUUACGGAGCAAAAUUUGACAGCCACACUCUAGCUGAAAGCAAGCCGUUUAUGGAAGAUCUGCUUAACUUUCGUGUUGGUCCUGCACGUCUACGACAAGUGAGAAUUCAAUCAGAGACCUGUAUGGGACCUUUGCGUGGAACAAAACCUUGCCACGGGAUAUACAACGAAAAAGAAAAGGAAACGACAAACUAUUGUUUAAACUGGAAGUCACUCCCAUGUAAAAUUGCAGAAAAAUGGAUUCAUUUUACAGCUCCAGCCUGGAAUUUUAAUUUUUCGGACGAAGUUUGGGGGUUUCCUACAUUUGCAGCCUACAACACAUACGGUGGCGGCGGAUAUUUCAUGAAACUUGAUGUGAACAGCGGUGUCAGUGUAAAAAUCUUAACUGAACUUAUCGACAAAAACUGGUUCGACGAGAAAACUAGAGCGGUGAUUCUUGAAUUUACUGUGUAUAAUGCGAACUCGAACUUAUUUGCAUAUGCGAAAUAUGUCUCGGAGUUUCCCGAAGUUGGAGGCUUCAUACCUUUUGUCGAUAUCCAGGUUUUCAGGCUGCAUUUUAACUCAGGACCCAACGGUGAUUUUAUACUAUUUCUGCAGUUUAUUUUUGUGAUUAUGGUAGUCUUCGCAACACUUAACAUGUUUUACGAUGUCAGCGCAGAUACAAGAGCAUUCUGCCGAAACAUUUGGAAUUAUCUGGAUAUAUUAGCUUUAGUCAUGAGCUAUGUUACUAUUGGAAUCUACAUUUAUAAAGCAGGAAUUAUGAAGAAAACAAUUGAAAUAUUUGAAAACGACAAAAACGCGUAUGUCGGAUUUGAGAAUCUUGCUUUUUAUGAUUUUAUCGCAAAUACCACCUACGGAAUAUUGGUAUUUCUACUCUCUAUUCGUGUGUCCAGAAUUUUGGGAUACAGUGGAAAAAUAAACGAAAUAGCCGCAGUAAUUGUAAAUGCUGCAGAAGAUCUUUUUGGAUUUGUUCUGAUAUUUGGGUUAGCAACAUUUGCCUAUGUCUGUUUAGGAACAAUGCUUUUUGGAUCAGCCGAGGAAAAGUACAGUUCUUAUUUCAAGUCAUAUGGUACACUUACAGAAGCCAUCAUUGGAAAGAACAGAAUCUCAAAUAUUCUUGUUUCUAAACCAAUAUAUGCCGAACUGUACUACUUCACUUUUGUGCUUUUUGUUUUGUUCACGCUGUCUACCAUGGCUGCAGCUAUUUUGAACUUUAGCAUCACAUACGUGAAAGAGGAACAGGCGAAAAUCACACCAAAAAAUAUUUUAGAAGUGCUCUUUGGUAGAGUCUUGGUUUUCGUGAACAUGAUAAAGGGAGUGAAGAAAAAGUCUGCAGGCAAGAAAAAAACGAUGGAAAGAAGGGAUUCAGACAGUGAUGUUCGUGCAAUUCUCUUAGACUUUCAUACGUUCAUAAGAAGCGUGCAAUACAAACUACAGACCGAGGACAAAUACAAGUUGUAAGAAUGCGACGAGGACAGCAAAAGGGAUAAACAUACACGACAAUGCUAUAUGGAAUUCAGAAUAGGAUUUACAUAUAAAUGUGUAUGUCUACAUGCC